CCAACCCUCAAACUCUCACUCAAACCACUCCACCCUCCCCCUACGUCCCGUGGCCAGCUGACUUCUUUCCUCAGACGGUCAACUAGGAGUAGGGGGCUGGGGGGCGACGCCAGACCAGGACUAAUCUGUUUCUAGCGCAGAAGCCGCUUCUCUGUCCUCCCGGGGAGAAGAAAGGGCCCAGCCAGUAGCCAGACAUCCAGGGGGAGGAGAAGAGGUGGGAGGAGAGGGGUGGAGCUGAGCCGCUGGAAGUGGGUUGGGAGGAGAGGGGGACGGGACUGGGGCUCCCAGACUCCAUUAGCUGCUCAGGCCGGGAGAUAACUCAGAGAGCCAUCUGGGACUGUGGAGAGGGGACGCCGAGGGCGAUUGUGGGCCCGCUGCUCCUGGGCCGCUCCGUGGAGCAGACCGCACCCAACCUCCCUGUCCACCGAGUGCCGGCCGAGAGCAGGGGGAUCCACACGGAAGGAGCUAUGGCUCUGGACGGGAUAAGGAUGCCAGAUGGCUGCUAUGCGGAUGGGACGUGGGAAUUGAGUGUCCAUGUGACGGACCUGAACCGUGAUGUUACCCUGAGAGUCACAGGGGAGGUGCAUAUUGGGGGGGUGAUGCUCAAGUUGGUGGAAAAACUUGAUGUAAAAAAAGAUUGGUCAGAUCAUGCCUUGUGGUGGGAAAAGAAAAGAACUUGGCUACUUAAGACUCAUUGGACCUUGGAUAAAUAUGGUAUACAAGCUGAUGCUAAGCUUCAGUUCACACCUCAGCACAAAUUGCUUCGUCUACAACUCCCAAACAUGAAGUAUGUGAAGGUGAAAGUGAAUUUCUCUGAUAGAGUGUUCAAAGCUGUUUCUGACAUCUGUAAGACUUUUAAUAUCAGACAUCCUGAAGAACUCUCUCUCUUGAAAAAAGCCAGAGAUCCAAUGAAGAAAAAAAAGAAAAAACAAGAUGACCAAUCUGAAGAUGAGGCACUUGAAUUAGAGGGACCACUAAUCACUCCUGGAUCAGGCCCUGAUGUUCUUUACAUCGGCCCUCUGAAAGGAAGCAUAUAUUCAAGCCCAGGACUCUAUAGUAAGACAAUGACACCAACUUAUGAUGCUCAUGAUGGAAGCCCUUUGUCACCAACUUCAGCUUGGUUUGGUGAUAGUGCUUUAUCAGAAGGCAAUCCAGGUAUACUUGCUGUCAGUCAGCCAAUCACGUCACCAGAAAUCUUGGCAAAAAUGUUCAAACCGCAAGCUCUUCUUGAUAAGGCAAAAAUAAAUCAAGGAUGGCUGGAUUCAUCAAGAUCUCUCAUGGAACAAGAUGUGAAGGAAAAUGAAGCCUUACUACUCCGAUUCAAAUAUUAUAGCUUUUUUGACUUGAAUCCAAAGUAUGAUGCAAUCAGGAUCAACCAGCUUUAUGAACAGUCCAAAUGGGCUAUUCUCCUAGAAGAAAUUGAAUGCACGGAAGAAGAAAUGAUGAUGUUUGCAGCAUUACAGUAUCAUAUCAAUAAGCUGUCAAUCAUGUCAUCAGAGAAUCACUUGAACAACAGUGAAAAGGAAGUUGAUGAAGUAGAUGCUGCCCUGUCUGACUUGGAGAUUACUUUGGAAGGGGGUAAAACAUCAACUAUUCUGGGAGACAUCACUUCCAUUCCUGAACUGGCUGAUUACAUUAAGGUUUUCAAGCCUAAGAAGUUGACACUAAAAGGUUAUAAGCAGUACUGGUGCACCUUUAAAGAUACAUCUAUUUCUUGCUAUAAAAGUAAGGAGGAAUCCAGUGGAACUCCUGCUCACCAAAUGAACCUGAGAGGAUGUGAAGUUACUCCAGAUGUAAACAUUUCAGGUCAAAAAUUUAAUAUUAAGCUCCUGAUUCCAGUUGCAGAGGGUAUGAAUGAAAUCUGGCUUCGUUGUGACAAUGAAAAACAGUAUGCACACUGGAUGGCAGCUUGCCGAUUAGCCUCCAAGGGCAAGACUAUGGCAGAUAGUUCUUAUAACUUAGAAGUUCAGAACAUUCUUUCAUUUCUGAAGAUGCAACAUAUGAAUCCAGAUCCUCAGUUAAUACCAGAGCAAGUCACAACUGAUAUUAAUCCUGAAUGUUUGGUGUCACCUCGAUACCUAAAGAAGUACAGAAAUAAGCAGCCAGGCUAUAUAAGAGAUUUGAUCACAGCAAGAAUCCUGGAAGCUCAUCAAAAUGUAGCUCAGAUGAGUCUUAUUGAGGCCAAAAUGCGAUUUAUUCAAGCUUGGCAGUCUUUACCAGAAUUUGGCAUCACACACUUUAUUGCAAGGUUUCAAGGGGGCAAGAAAGAAGAACUGAUUGGCAUUGCCUAUAAUAGACUGAUUAGGAUGGAUGCCAGCACUGGAGAUGCAAUUAAAACGUGGCGAUUCAGCAACAUGAAACAGUGGAAUGUAAAUUGGGAAAUAAAAAUGGUUACAGUAGAGUUUGCUGAUGAAGUACGAUUGUCUUUCAUUUGUACUGAAGUGGAUUGUAAAGUAGUUCAUGAGUUCAUUGGAGGCUACAUAUUCCUCUCAACACGUGCCAAAGACCAAAAUGAAAGCUUAGAUGAAGAGAUGUUCUACAAACUUACAAGUGGUUGGGUGUGAAUUGGAUGUAUUUUAUAAUGAAACCUCAUAAUCAUUAUCAAUAUUUAACUUUAAAAGCAGUUAUUUGAAAUAUGCUGCCUAAUAAAGUAAGCUUGAAAUGUAUCUCUUAUCAUGAAAAGUUUUUUUAACCUUAUGAGAAGUUAAUAUGUACACUAAAAGGCACAUCCAUUAAUCUAUUAUCAUGAUACUAUAUAUGGACAACAGUAUGUGACAAAACACUGCUUAUAGCUAUAAAACUCAAGGUGAUGAGAUCAGAAAUUAAAUUUGAUCAAUUUAAGCUAGCCAGAUUGUAAGAAAUAUGAACCAUUUACUAUAAUGCCAUCCGGGCUUAAACUAUAUGAAGACUAUUUAUCAUGUUUAAUGCAUGUGUUUUAUUGUAUGUGUAAAUUUGGCCUCAUAUUCAGAAGUAGCUUGUUUUAGACUUUAUUUUAUCUCUCCUUAAAUGGCCUGAAACUUUGGAAGAGUCAUUGUGUUUGAACCUGAAGGAUGAUAAUGCUAAUUCUGUUAUACCUAUUUUAUCUCUCUUAACCUUUUCCAUUCUCUUUUGUUUUUAUUUUUACUCUUAUACCAUAUUGUAUGAAAUAUUUGCAGUAUUCACCAGCAUAUUCACUAUCUGCCUAAAAUAUGCAAAUUUUGCAUUAUAAUAUGAAGUAAAGGUCUAUGAAGUAUGCAUUUUGUGUAACUAAUGUAUAAACACAAAUUUUAUAAAAUUGUACAGUUUUUUUAAACUAGUAUCACUGAUCAGCUAGGAAAAAUGGUUUAGAUUUAAAGUAUCACCAUUAAUUAUAUACUUUUAAAACUAUAUCAAUUUGGUAGAAACUAAUUAUAACAAUGCAUUUUUAAUCUCUGCUAAAUUAAGUUUGAUUUUGUUAUAACUAGUGAUGAUUAUGCCCACAAUGUCCUUCACUCUAAUGUCAGAACUUGGCAUUUUUCUAGCCUGUUGCACUCUAUAGUCUGCAUUGAUGCUAGUUAGAGAAUUCCAAAUCCCAUAUAAGCCAGAAAAGAGCCAAGAAGUGGAUUACCAGUAUUGUUCAACAUCCUAUUGUUUAAAAACUGUAUAAAUGCAUUUUAUUUUAAAUAAAAGCAAAUUCUUUCAUCUAUCA